AUGCCGGCGCAGCAGAAGAAGCUGCUGUUCUGCACAGCCGGGCUGCUGAGCCUGGCCUGCGCGCUGGGCACGGCGGCGGCCGUGGGCAGCCAGCUCUGGGUCAGGGGCUCCAUCCUCUGCAGCACCGGAGCGCUGCUCGUCAACGCCAGCGGCGCCGAGCUGCACAAGUUCAUCGGCGACAUCCAGUACGGGCUCUUCUCCGGGCAGCGGGUGCGGCAGUGCGGGCUCGGGGGCAGACCCACCCAGUUCUCAUUUUUUCCAGAUUUGCUCAGAACUAUCCCUGCAAGUAUCCAUGUCAGUGUCAUUCUCUUCUGCGCAGUACUGAUUGUCUUCGCCCUGGUGGGAGCAGGGUUCUUCAUGUUCAAUGCUUUUGGCAGCCCCUACGAGACGCUGCACGGCCCUGUGGGGCUGUACCUGUGGAGCUUCAUCUCCUGUUCCUGUGGUUGCCUCAUCAUGAUUCUCUUCUCCUCCGAGGUGAAGAUCCACCACCUUUCAGAGAAAAUUGCUAAUUUCAAAGAGGGAACUUUCACGUUCAAGACUCACAGUGAGCAGUUUGCAAAUUCCUUCUGGACCAUCCUGGUUUGCUCCCUGGUGCACUUCCUCAAUGCCCUGCUAAUCCGAUUUGCUGGAUUUGAAUUUCCCUUUUCAAAACCAAAAGAGUCAGGGACAAUCACAGGAGCAGUUGACUUGAUGUAUUAA